CUGCAAAAAUCUACUCUUUUUCUCCCUUCCAAGAAAAAGCUUAUUACGAUAUCUAUUUUAAGCUUCCAUGGCCGAGUAUGAGCGACGACCAGGCGGAGAAGGGCACAAAGGAGCCCUAAAGGAGAAGGGCGGCUUCUCGACCUCACAGAUUUUAGCGGUUGUCACUCUUUUGCCGGUGAGUGGGACGCUUCUUUUCCUUGCUGGAAUAACGCUUACUGGAACACUCAUUGCGCUAGCUGUUGCGACUCCGCUGUUCGUGAUUUGUAGUCCGGUGCUGGUACCAGCGGCGUUGGUCAUUGGGUUGUCGGUGUUAGGGUUUUUGACGUCCGGUGCUUUUGGAAUCACUGCGCUUUCUUCACUGUCGUGGAUGGUUAAUUAUAUUCGCAGGAUGAGAGGAUCUUGGACGAUGCAGAUGGAAAUGGCAAAGCGGCGCGCGCAAGAAACGACGGGUCAAUUGGGCCAGAAGGCUAGGGAGGUGGGCCAGAAGGCCCAGGAAGUUGCAAAGACAUGAUCAGGUUGUCUAGCAGUAGUUGUUGUUUGGUAAAUAAUAUAAGCUAAUAUAGUUUGAGUUUGAUGAUGGAUUUCAUAAAUAUGUAAUAAGACUUGUUUGUUUGCCCAUAGCUUUGGUUGGCUGUAUGUUUCUGUUUACUGA